GUAUGAGUAGGUCUGCCGGAAACGUUCGUGAACCACAUGAUGAUAUAUUAGUCAUCGAUAGUGAUGCUGACAUCAAGGAUUAUAUUCAUUCAUCUUGUGGUAGUGACGAAGAGGAGGGGUUCGAUCCAAAUAUAACUUCUACUGAAUUGAAACAAUAUAAACCUGACUAUCCAGUUGAAACAUGUGAUGGUUCUCCAGGACGAAUUCGUCAGAGGGUGGUGAAGGAAAAGGAAGUGAAUGAUAGGUUUAGUUUGAACACGUGUCCUGCUGAAAUAAAGCAAAGAAAAUAUAAUGAUUCUACCAAAGUGUGUAAUAAUUCUGAGGAACAGUUUUGUCACAGAACAGGGAAAAAGGAAGAUACAGGUACUUCCGAACUGGAUUCAAAUGGAAAUCUUCAAUUCAAAUCUUUAAUUCUUGGAUAUCACACAUCAUUUACAAACAUAUAUGCAAAUUAUAAUUGUUACCAUUUAUGUUUAAUACUAGCCUUAAUUCUAAGACUUUUGCUAGUUAUUUUCUCUGUAUGGCAGGAUACAGUUCGUUGGCCGGAUGGCCAACUACGAUUCACGGAUGUGGAUUACGAUGUGUUUUCUGAUGCUGCUCAAGCUUUUGUCGCUGGGGAAAAUAUUUAUAUUGAGCGUCCCACUUAUAGAUAUUCACCACUUAUUGCUGUUGUUCUCGCUCCUGGUUACUGGUUAUUUUCUGACGGUAAAUAUUCAGACACUGAUAGAAAAGAAGUGAAUAUUAGUUCAGAUUUUGUUGACUUAUCAGUAGAACCACAGUUCCGAUCGUCAAAACACAUAACUCCUCCUUCUCUCGCUCGUCUUUGGGGUAAAUUAUUAUUCAUCACGGCUGAUUUAAUCUGUGGUUGCAUACAAUAUAAAAUUAUUCAAGAUAAACAGUUUCUGAACAGUUUACCAAAUCCAAAUACUGUCAAUCGAAAUAAAAAAAUUCGACGAAGUUCCAUUUCGUUCAAUACAGAUCAAUUAGCAUUAUAUCUUGUUAGUUUCAGUUGGUUAUUCAAUCCUGUUACAUCAGUAGUCUCUGCUCGUGGUAAUGCAGAUGGAUUACAAAGUUGUGUUGUUUUAGCAUGCCUAUGUUGUAUUCUAAACCGUCGGAUCAUUCCAGCUGGAUUUUUAUAUGGGUUAUCUAUUCAUUUACGUAUAUUUCCAAUCAUUUAUGCACCAUCUAUCUAUUUAUGGCUGAUAAUGACUGAUAAUAGUCAUAACAAGGAUAAUCAAAAGAAAAAUGAAGCAUCGACACAACAAUCUCAAAGUGUGUUUUCAAUUUUGUUCAAAUUACCAAACCGAAAUCAUUAUCUUUUUGGUAUCAGCUGUUUACUUAGUUUGACGAUAUUGACGGGAUUAUGUUAUUUAUAUUUCGGUGGAAUGUUGUUUCUGCAACAAGCCUAUUUCUAUCACUUUACUCGGUCAGAUUUUAAACAUAAUUUUGCUCCGCACUUUUUAAGUGUUUAUUUACUCUCCGGAAAGAAAUGGAUAGCUGAAAAACAAACAUUGCCUAUAUAUGAUUUACGUCAGUGGUUGAAUAAUGCGUGGAAUGAUUUAUCUACUUUAAUAGCUUACUGGGGUGAUAUUAAUAGUGGUGGAUAUUCUUACUCAAUAUGGAAUUUAUUGUUAAAAAAUCUUAGUACACCUGUGGUUUUGGAGCGUUUAUUUAAUGUAACUUCAAUUAUACCGUGUAUAAUCCUAAUUCCAUGCUUGUCUUUUAAACUGUAUUCCAACAUAGGUCUGUGCUGGUUCGCGCUUACCUACAUGUUUGUCACAUUUAAUAGGGUAUGCACGGCUCAGUAUUUUCUAUGGAGCAUAUGCCUUCUUCCAGUUGCUUUGGCUGAUAUACGUCUACCUUCAAGUAUUACACCAUAUCGUGCUAUAGUACAAAAUUUAAUGUUAUGGUUUGGAUCUCAAGGUAUAUGGCUUGCUUCUGCUUAUGCACUAGAAAUGUGUACAUUACAAAAACCAUUUCUAAAUCAUAUCAUUUGGAUAAUUGUUUGGAUAGCAUCUUUAAAAUUUUUUGCCUGUAAUAUUUUCAUUUUGUCUCGUUUAAUCAGUUGGCGUAAUAGAUCUUUAUCAAACAAUCAUCAAGAAAUUUCAUCAUCAGAAGUUAUUAAUUAUAAAACUACCGUUUCUCCUAUUAUUGAUUCUACUAUUACUGUAACAACCAAUACUACUACUACAACUUAUCAGACAUAUCGCAUAUCUAACAAAAAAAUUUUAUGAUAAAAUGAUUGGAUUGUUUGUUUAUUUGUUUUUCUUUAUUUCAACAUGAACAAUCCAUUUAACUUUGUUUAUUGUUGAUCAUAUUGAUAAUUGAUUCAAAGAAUUUAUUUUUGUUUAUUUAUUUGUUUAUUUACAUUCUUCAUUGAAAGAGCAUCGGUGAAAUAACUAAAAUCUAUUUUAUUAUUUAAUAAAUAAUUGAAUUUUUCUUUUCCUCUACUAAAUUUCGUUUUUUUUUUGUAUAAACAUUAAUUUUCUUUUGAUUUCAUUUUAUAUCUUUAUGUGUUGUUGAUAAAUUGAACAUAAAGAGAAAAUUCUCUUUGCGUAUGUUGUACAUGUAAUUGAACUGUUCAAUAUCAUUUUUAAUGUAUCUAAUUUUU